AUGCUUCCUGUAGUUUAUGGGUUCAACGAUUACACCUCUUCUCAUUGGCUGAGUUGGGGGAGUUCCAGAACGCUGGCUGAGGCCCUUUCACUCUUGUCGAACCUGCGAGGUGUGUCCUCCUUCAGAGCUUGGUUGGGAGGUGUAGCCGCAUGUGGCGCCCGACGCGGAGAAUCUAAUGAUGGGUGGGAUUUGGGACCAAAGGGGUGUAUGAAGACGUGGGAUGUGUGA